AUGUUGGAGCAAGUGGCUCGUUCCACUGUGGAACGCCAAUUGCGGAGUGCACGUCGGGAGGUUAGGCGCAAAGAAGAGGUAUAUAUUUCUGAGGCCGUCUCAGGUCCUGCCUUAGAGGCUGAGAGGACCAAUAAUAUAAACGACGUAGUUUUUAAAGAGGUGCCUCAACUGAGGGAACGCAUGGUAGCUCGGGUUGGCCGUAUUGUGGAAAUUGCGGCGAAGUCGAAUAACUUAAAAGGGGACUUGGUUCGAGCUCAAGGAACUGAAAUAGUGGAAAAUCUUGCUGAGCGGUGCUUGGACGGUGAUGAGGGACGGCGUCUCGAGAGAGAUAAUAUCCGGCUGAGAGAGAUAAUGCCCAAGCGUACAAAAAUUUAA